UUCAAGCACGCAUCACGUUACCUUAUCUUUAUGCUGCUGUUGUUUGGGUACGUGUGUGUAUUUAUACUCACAUGCUUCCUUAAGAGCGACCCUGAGGAUCAUCACUAACUACUGCAUCCUGCAACAAAGUCUUCAGAGAUAAGACCACAUCUACAUCUCUCUCUCUCUCUCUCUCUCUCUCUCUCUCUCUCUCUGGGUGUGUCUAUCUUGUUCAUGACUUUAAUGGGUGGCGAAGAUCAGAGCUUUGGCGAUCUGGGUUUGAGGUUUCUUGGUGAUCGUCCAAGGGAAGAGGGGUGGAGCAUCAUGGAAGGUGGCGGCGGCUGUGGUGGUGGUGAUAAUGUCUGCGAUGAUUCGGAAUCGGUAGAGACGUCCAUGGAUGAUCAAGGCUCGAGAGACUCCUCCCGAGAAUCGUCGUCGUCGUCGUCGUCGUCGUCGCCCGAUCUCCUAGAGGAUGCGUCUUCUUCUCCAUCGCCUUCUUUAUCGAAAUCGAGCCUUUGUUCGUCGUCGUCGUCGUCGUCGUCGUCUCUCGCGGGCAAACAUGGACCUUUGUACGAGUUGUCGGACCUCAUGGCUCAGCUUCCUAUAAAGAGAGGGCUCUCGAGGUACUACGACGGGAAAUCGCAGUCGUUCACAUCGCUGGCGAGCUGCAGGAGCGUGGAGGAUCUGGUGAAGAAGGAGAGGCCCUACGUGAAGAGAUUGAAACUGUGCAAGAGCUAUGCAGGAGGCUUGGACAGCCCCAACAGAUCGUUUGGUCCCAAGGCCAUCAUAUCGAAGAAGGGUUCAUCGUCAAGAUCUGCUUUUCCAUCAUCUUCUUCUUCUUCUUCGCAUCUAGGGAAGAGGUGUACUUCACUCAGCAAUAGACCGCCCGUUCCGAUACUCAAGACAUUUUGAGUUUUGCUCGACUGGGUAUUGAGAAUACAUCUUCCGUUCCGGCGGAACAUUUGCUUUUUUUUCUUUCUUUUUUUUUUUUGGCAUUUUUGCUUUGUAUGAUUUAGGAAGAGUUUAUGGUAAAUAAUCAAGGAGCCAGUGAUUUUGGGGAA